AUGGGGCGCUCCGGCCGCUCAGAUCCGGCACGGGCGGAGCCGCGGCCGUGCUGGGCUGGCACCGGCGGGGUCCCCGCUCCGCCCCGCUGCUCCCCGGUACCGGCCCGACGGGUCCCGCUGCUCCCCGGUACCGGCCCGACGGGUCCCGCUGCCCCGGUACCGGCCCGACGGGUCCCGGCCAUGCCGGGGUCCCGCUGCCCGCUCCCGGCGCUGCCGAUCCUGCGCUGGCUCCCGCGCUAUUCCCGGGCGUGGCUGCCGCUGGACCUGCUGGCCGGGCUGGCCGUGGGACUGACCGCCGUGCCGCAGGCGCUGGCCUACGCCGAGCUGGCCGGGCUGCCGCUGCAGUACGGCCUCUAUUCCUCCUUCAUGGGCUGCUUCGUCUACUGCCUCCUGGGCACGGCCAAGGACGUGACCCUGGGUCCCACGGCCAUCAUGUCCCUGCUCGUCUCCUCCUACGCCUCCCACGAGCCCGUCCAAGCCGUUCUCCUCGCCUUCCUUUCUGGCUGCGUCCAGCUGGCCAUGGGGCUCCUGCACCUCGGAUUCCUUCUGGAUUUCAUUUCCUGCCCUGUCAUUAAAGGGUUUACAUCAGCUGCCUCCAUCACCAUUAGCUUCAACCAGAUCAAGAACAUCCUGGGGCUGCAGGGGAUCCCGAGGCAGUUCUUCCUGCAGGUCUAUGAGACGCUGCGGAGGAUUGGGGAGACCAGGGCUGGGGACGCUGUGCUGGGGCUGACCUGCCUGGCUGUGCUGGCAGGGCUCCGGGCCAUGAAGAGCCACCUGCCCCGAGCUGUCCCUGCAGGAGCACUGGCUGUCAGGAUCAGCCACCUGAUUGUCUGGAUCUCUGGCACAGCACGCAACGCUCUCGUUGUCCUGUUUGCUGGCCUGGUGGCUUACUCCUUCCAGGUGAUGGGCUCGCAGCCCUUCAGGCUCACGGGCAGCAUCCCCCAGGGCCUCCCAGCCUUCCGGCCACCGCGCUUCUCCCUGGCAGUGCCCAACGGCACCGUCCCCUUCCAGAGCAUGGUGCAGGACAUGGGGGUAGGUGUGGCUGUGGUGCCGCUCAUGGGCCUGCUGGAGACCAUCGCCAUUGCCAAGGCUUUUGCCUCACAGAAUGGUUACAGGAUUGACCCUGACCAGGAGCUGCUGGCUCUGGCUCAGGGUUUCCAGAGCAGGCUGAGUCCCUCCUGCAUAGCUGGGUGGGCACUGCCCAGCAGGUCCGGGAAGGGAGAGGGACAGGAUGGGGUCACAGACACAGCAGUGCCUCCCCAGCCCUUGUCCUUUUCUCCUCAGGCGUUGCCAAUGUCCUGGGCUCCUUCGUGUCCUCGUAUCCCAUCACGGGCAGCUUUGGCCGGUGCCCUGGUCCUGCUGUCCCUGGCAUACCUCACCUCUCUCUUCUAUUACAUCCCCAAAGCAGCGCUGGCUGCUGUCAUCAUCUCGGCUGUGGUGCCCUUGUUCGACCCUGGCAUCUUCUGGACGCUCUGGCGGGUUAAGAGGCUGGACCUUGUGCCCCUCUGUGUGACAUUCCUGCUCUGCUUCUGGGAGGUUCAGUAUGGAAUCGUGGCUGGGGUGCUGGUUUCUGGGAUUCUCCUGCUCUACUCCAUUGCCAGGCCCCCAAUAAAGGUGUCGGAGGGGUCUGUGCUGCUGGUGCAGCCGGGGAGCAGCCUGCACUUCCCAGCCGUGGAGCACCUGCGGGACUGCGUGUGCAGCCAUGCUCUGGCAGCAGCAUCUCCACCACGCUCUGUCAUCCUGGACUGCUGCCACGUCAGCAGCAUUGAUUACACAGCAGUGCUGGGGCUGGCAGAGCUGCUGCAGGAGCUGCACAGGCACGGCCUCUCGCUGGCCUUCUGUGGCCUGAAGGACCCUGUUCUCCAAGUGCUCCUGUCUGCAGACUUAGAAGGAUUCCAGCAUUUCCCCAGCUGGGAGGAGGCAGGGCAGUGUGAGGGAGCAGAGCUGGGGGCCAGCAGGGCAGAGCCCUUCACCAGCACUGCCGAGAGCACUGGGCUUAUCCAGUGA